UGAAGGGAUAAUUGAUGUAAUUACAGCAGUUUUCUAAAAUGGUUAUUGAAGAAAACAGCAGGCUGCACCAAAUCGCACACACAGACUCAGGGAAAUCGUCAUAACCGGCUUUUAUUGGUCGUUAAUACAUCCUAGAAGGAACUUCAUAUUCUACUUAUCGGCAAUGUGCAUAUUAUAUUGGAAUAGUACCACGGUAACGUUAAAUCACUGUGUGCAAUAAGCCAGAAUCAAUAGAGAAAUCUUGGGACCUAGAAACCGAGAGUAGAAAUAGAAUCUUGACAUUCUGCAGAAGAAAUUACAACAGCAAAGAUGUUUUUCUUGGUGAAGGAAUGUAAGCCACCGCGCUACCCUGUGCCCGAGAAGACAGCAGACGACAUGUCGAAAGGUCAAAAUAAUUCGUCGAAAGCCAAAAAACAUCCCGACGCGGGAACGUGGUAUGACGGCGACUUAAAAGACAACGAUGACGAAGUGGUUGUUAUACCGUCUCCCAAAGAAGAGGCGGCGUUUCGUCAGGCAGAAAAGGAUAAAGAUCUUAAUUUACCGUAUAAACGAGACAUGUACUCCCUCAAGUUGCCUUUACCUCUAUUUUUCUGGAGCGACAGAGAGCGUGAAGCGCACGUGCUUAAUCAAUGCGAAAAUGCUAAAUUUGGUAAGCUUAUCAGGCACUUUCAAGAGGAGAAAAACAUGAAUACCAGACGUUUACGACUCGAAGCAAAACUUGUCAGAAAUCAGGCUUCAAAGAUUUUUCCAAAUUUUUAUGCACCGGAUCUUGCUAAGCGUCGGACGGAAUCGGCGCCGCCGUUGUCGCCAAAAGAAAACAGAAGUAAAACUCCAAAACGACCAAAAUCUAGCGUUGCCAGAGAGGGUGCGCGGUCGCUAUCCCCGGAACAAUCCAGUGAAAGUGAUAAUAACGAAGACGAUGAUGAAAUAGACCCAUUUAUAGCCGAAUUCAAUACACUGUUUAGUAAACCGGAGGCAGAGGAUGGUUCAGAAGUAUCUGGCGAGGCUUUGAUUUCGAGCACAAAGGGCGGAAAAUGUUGGAGGACUACCCCAAGCAGUACCCCUAUUGUAACACCUUCUCCAAAAAAUGCACGCGUGGCUUUUUCAAAUCCUGGCACUGGCAGACCGGCAAGAAGCCAAUCUGCGUUUGCCGUGAGAAAAGAACCCCCAAACAAGAAAAAUCCGGAGGCCGCCAGAUGUCAGUCCGCCGUACCAUCUUCCAAGACGGGCAACUCCCUGGGUUCCAGUUCACCGAGACCUGACGUUCAUCCGAUGAAGCGGUCCUUACACAAUCGAAGACCUUCCUAUCACGAUCCGAUAAAAACUGCAUAUUUGCUCAAACAAGAACUACGCCGGAAUACAAGACGACGACUGGUGGAGUCUCCCAAACCGGAGUUUAACAUCAAACAAGAGGUGCAGAAUGAAAAAUCGAAAUUUAAGAAUAUUCAGGAAAAGAUACAUGUUUAUGUUGAAAAUUUGAAAGAAUUUCAAAAACCCCAAGCUGAACAAAUGGUCUGUGAAAGAUUUUGAAAGCAAGUUAAAUUUACAGGAUAAGGUGGAGGAAGUUGCAUCCUCAUAGUAUUACACACAGUAUGUUGACAGGU